CCGUCACCGUAGGAGGCCUUUUGCCUUUUGGUAGGCCGUCAUUGUAAAUACGAAUUUGUUAACUGACUUGCCUAGUUAAAUAAAUAUCAUUACGCCGGGAAACCCGGCUCAUGCCCCGGAGGCAGCCUCGUUACUAAAUGCAAUCACUUUUCACGUGCAUUAAACUCCUACAUGGUGAACCGGGCCAUCUUAAUCGAAUCCCCUCACUUGCUGUUCCUUGAGCUUGUUCGAGCUAGACGUGUUGACAUCAUCCAAAACAUUUCCCACAACAGUCAGGAAAGAAAAUGAGUCUUCCAGACUCCAGAUCGCCGGGCAAACAGUCUUCUCCGGGGCUACAGAGUUGUUCUGUAGUGCAGCUGAAUGUGGGUGGCCAUGUGUUCACCACAUCUCUGUCUACGCUGCGUAAACACCCUGACUCCCAGCUGGCCUUCAUGUUCAGUAGUGGUCAGCAAUCCAAACUGCCCACCGACGCCAAGGGACGCUACUUCAUCGACCGCGACGGGACGCACUUCGGAGCCAUUCUUCAGUUCCUACGCACCCAGCGCCUGCCCACAGAGAGUGUUCUGGAGGUUUACCAGGAGGCGCUCCACUAUGACGUCAGAACCCUGGUGAAACAGCUGCAGGACUCAGCCCAGCUGUUUGGAGAAACAGUGGGGAGGCAGCAGUUCAUCUCCAGGGUCCCCAACUAUUUGGAGAACCUGGAGGUGUUGGUGAGAGUGGCCCGAGCAGAAGCCAUCGCAAGCCGUCACUCUGCUGUCAUCGUUUGUGUUCUGAGGACCGAGGAGGACCUGGGUCGCUAUGACCAUGCCGUCAACAACCUGGAGGAACAGGAAGUGGUGCGGUUCGGACCGUGGAAGGCCCCUCCGACUGCCAUUGACCUGUUGGACUGCAUCAAGAUGGAUGUAGAGGCCAGGGGAUACAAAGUGAGAUACGAGCCUCACAGCUCAGACAGAGGCUUUUUGUUCAAGACCAAUGAUGGCUUCCUGUACAAACUCAUCUUCACUUGGUGGUAACAGAAUGACAAGUGUGUGGUGUAGAACAUCUAUGGCGGCCUUCUGAUUCUCUACCCUUCUCCAGAAGUGUGCACUCCCCCUCAUGCAUUUAAAACCAUUUGAUUUGUGUUACCAAGUCUGGAAGGUCUUUCCACCAUAUUUAUUACACCAGUCCGUUCCUUUUAAAUCCACGAGGGGGACUGUAUGAGUGCUCACUUCACCCUUCACGUUCCCAGACAGAGACGUGCACAGAGAUCCUAUUAUAUUAGAAUCUAUUUAGAAAAUAAUUGGAUCAUAUUGAAGUUCUAACGUGUCAUUCUAUGGAGGUGUGUGUGUGUAUAGAUGUACGCUCCCCUAUGUAUUUAUUUGGACAGUGAAGCUAAAACGUUUAGUUGGGAUCUAUACUCCAGCAUUUGGAUUUGAGAUCAAAUGUUUUAUGAGGCGACAGUACAGACAGUACUGUCACCUUUUUAUUUGAGGGUAUUUUCAUACAUAUUUACUGUUUUAUGUAUCAACCCCCCCCAUUUGAAGUUGUGUAACACUGGUUAACCCUAUCAAUUCUGAGACCCCAGCAAAAAUCAGCAUGUCAAACCAAAAACAGUUUUUUUCAAAAUGUUUGCUAAUUUAUAAUACAAAAUAAACUACAGCAAUAUCACAUUUACAUAAGUAUUCUGACUCUUUACUCAGUACUUUUUUGAAGCACCUUUGGCAGCAAUUACAGCCUUGAGUCUUAUUGUGUAUGACUCUACAAGCUUGGCACACCUGUAUUUGGGGAGUUUCUCUCAUUCUUCUCUGCAGAUGCUCUCAAGCUCUGUCAGGUUGGAUGGGGACUGUCGCUGCACAGCCAUUUUUAGGUCUCUCCAGAGAUGUUCAAGUCCAGGCUCUGGCUGGGCCACUCAAGGACAUUCAGAGACUUGUCCAGAAGCCACUCCUGCGUUGUCUUGGCUGUGUGGUUAGGAUUGUUGUCCUGGUGAAUAUUCACCCCAGUCGGAUGUCCUGAAUACUCUGGAGCAGGUUUUCAUCAAGGAUCUCUCUCUCUACUUUGCUUCGUUCAUCUUGCCUCGAUCCUGACUAGUCUCCCAGUCCUUGACGUUGUAAAAACCCUCCACAGCAUGAUGCUGCCACCACCAUGCUUCACCCUAGGGAUGGUCCCAGUUUCCUCCAGAUGUGAUGCUUGACAUUUAGGCCAAAGAGCUCAAUCUUGAUUUCAUCAUACCAGAGAAUCUUGUUUCUCAUGGUCUGAGAGUCUAUAGGGGCCUUUUGGCAAACUCCAAGAGGGCUGUCAUGUGCCUUUUUUACUGUGGAGUGGCUUCCGUCUGGCCACUCUACCAGAAAGGCCUGCUUGGUGGAGUGCUGCAGAGAUGGUUGUCCUUCUGGAAGGUUCUCCCGUCUCCACAGAGAAACUCUGGAGCUCUGUCAGGGUCAACCAUCGGGUUGUUGGUCACCUCUCUGACCAAGGCCCUUGUCCCCGAUUGCUCAGGUUUGCCGGGCGGCCAGCUCUAGGAAGAGUCUUGGUUGUUCCAAACUUCUUCCAUUAAAUAAUAAUGGAGGCCACUGUGUUCUUGGGGACCUUCAAUGCUGCAGACAUUUCUUGGUAUCCUUUCUCAGAUCUGUGCCUAGACACAAUCAUGUCUCGGGGCUCUACGGACAAUUCCUUUGACCUCAUGGCAUGGUUUUUGCUCUGACAUGCACUGUGAUCUGUGUGACCUUUAUAUAGAUGGGUAUGUGUCUUUCCAAAUCAUGUCCACUCAAUUGAAUUUACCACAGGUUAACUCCAAUCAAGUUGAAUAAACAUCUCAAGGAUGACCAAUGGAAACAGGAUGCACUAAUUUCGAGUCUCAUAGCAAAGGGUCUGAAUACUUAUGUAAAUACAUUUAAAAAUUCUUUUAUACAAUUGCUAAACAUUUCUCAACCUGUUUUCGCUUUGUCAUUAUUGGUUAUUGUUUGUUGCGGAGGAUAAUUUUUCUUAAAUCCAUUUUAGUCUGGAACGUAGCAAAAUUUGAAAAAGUAAAGAGAUCUGAAUACUUUCCAAAGGCACUCUAUAUUUACAAUGAAGUGUUUUACAAUUAUUAAUUUUUGGGGGGACCACCAAGGUUACAAGUAGGACACAACAAAAUUUGCUUUCAUGAGUUUAUUGACAAAUGUAUUUUACUGUAAUUGUCACAUGCCGAAUACAAUAGGUAGACCUUACAGUGAAAUGUUUACUUACAAGCCCUUAACCAACAAUGCAGUUUUCAGAAAAUAUCUAUGGAAAAAAAAAAGAUAUGGAAAAAAAAAGAUAAGGAUAACAAAUAAUUAAAGAGCAACCGGUAACAGAAGAAUGAAUCAACCUAUCAUAGACCUUACAUAGUAGAGCCACCAUCCAAUCAUAUUUGUUAAACAGGUCAACUUGGCCACCAGAGGUUUAUUUUGUUACCUGUCUCUGUCUAAAUUUCUGACCCGGCACGAGCUGUAUGUACCUAAUAAACUGUCCGCUGAGUGUG